AGGGUCCAAGAAUCGGCAAAGCCCAAAGAGAGGCGAAAGGGAGCCCAGCGACCCCCGCUUCGCCCAAAGCAGCCGGAACAAUCUUUCCCCGAGAAUUUCUUGGCAGAGGCGGCGGCGGCGAACUCGCCGGGGAGAAGCGCAAGCGGGAGGAGAAGGAGGCCACUGGAGAUGCACCCACUUCAUCGGAUACCGCCAAAAGCGGCGGCUUUUCCCAGCACUCGAUGUGGAAGACGAGCCUAUGCUCCUCCUGCUUCCAUCUGAUUUCCCACCACUGGAUAGGUGGAUAGCUUACCUGUUUGACAUUGUCAUAAACAGUUGAAGGUUCACUGAAAUCAACCACCACUCCAGUUGCUCUCGACUGAAAGAACAUAAGUUUCCAUUAGCAAACUGUGCACCGUACAAGUGAGCAUAAGCAUUUUAUCGGACAAUGAAGAGGCCAGUACCUGUGCAAUUGAGCCGAGAACCAUUGUGAGAUCAUUGAGCACCGGAAUUUCCAAGGCUUCUUCCAUGCCAUUUAUCUAGAAGAACAAUGCCGGCAUUUAUAAACUCUAGGAGACAAAGAUCAAGCAGCUAUUGCAGCGGGGAGACGGUCUAAUUUCAAGGGAAAUGGUGCAUUCAGUGAAUGAUUUUGCCCUCAGAGCAAGUUACAGUGCUACUAGAGAAGAAGAUCCACAAGGUCAUAACCCACAGUACCUUGAUUGUGAUCUGAGAUGGCGGCAUCUGCGUUGAGCAGAAGACCUUUGCUGCUGCAUUUCUCCUGCCAAUCUUUCCGGAUGCUCUGGUAUGAACAGAGUGGCAUAAAGUAACCAUGCUUUUGUUCUGAAGACGGAGAUUACAGGAAAGCGAAGGUUCAGGAAUUGCAUUAGUCUGCAUUAAUCAGGCGUCCUGGAGCGAGCAUAUUGUGAUUCAUCAGUUCACAUGGAGAGAUGGUGAAUUGGUGACCAUCGCCGUGGUGUACUGAUGGUGUGGAUGAUGCUGAUCCAUGGUCCGAAACCCAAAUUAGCUCUCACUGAAAACGGCUGGCCGAGCCCAACAGCAACAAGGUGCCAAAACCCAAACAUUGGCACAGGCAUACGAGGCACUUGUCGGGGCAGCAGAGUGCAGACGCCAGAAGCGGCAGGUAGCCAGCAUUGUUCGGGCUCUUGUGCGUCUUGGCCAUCGCCGUCGUGGAGGGGAGGAAGAAGAGCAGAAGAGGUAAUGGCUUUCUUUUGACUCUAUAUAUUGUAUAUAUUCUGGACAAAGCUUUUGUUCUUACAUUGGCAUGUCAUCAAAUUUACGUAAACCUUUUGUGCCGUAGAAUCAAGCGCUGCUACGUUGCUUUACCCGACUUUGUAUUUAUUUCAUCUUCCAAGCCAAGUAUCCACUUUCUGCCUCUGCUUUUGUCACCUUUCGAUACGUCACGCUCGCAGCCUGCUUAUCUUAUUUGCAAGAAAGCAAAUUCGUUUCAAUUCUUUCAGAAGAAUAGACUUUAUUCGUGAAUUGCAAAAUAAGUUUUUUUUUCCUUCGGUAUUUCCCUUUCUUUUAUUCAUUACAUGAAAGAGACAUUGCACGCACACAUUGUAUAACACAGGCAACAUCACAUUGACACUUUCGUGAAUACAUUCUCUAAUAUAAACUCAAGAAGAUACAGAUCAGGGGCAGCUCCUAGCCACUAAAAUUUUAGAGAAAAUGCACCACCGAUUUAUUUAUGUGUAUUAUUGGUGGGAAUCAGGAUUUAAAUCUUGAUUGCUUCAUCACUAGUGUAACCCUUUUCCAUUUGGUUGUUUUCUUCGUUCUUGUUAGUGAACAGGAGGAUUUUUUUUUCUCAACUUAUUACUAUCUGGAGUACUCCUGUUUGUUCACGUUCGCAACAUAACCAGGAAGAAAUCAUAUCGGAAUGAUAAGGCUGCCGCUGUUAGCUGAACACAACUGAAACGUUUGCAGUGUUGCAUUCGGAUCAGAGGAGGAAAAAAAGCUGUACCUGCAUGCAGGACAGGAGGGGCAUAACAGUAAUUUGACACUAGGCAGGCGUGAUCUCGACAGGGACGUCUCGGUAAAUCCACCCAAACCGAAGAAGCCUUGGGCGCCUCGUCCAGUCAAGAGCCCAGAAAAACCCAUCGGGACUCACUGACACGUGGGCCCCACGGGACCGGCUCUCCUUUGGAUGGCCGGUGCGAUGCAACCACGCGCACUCGAGUGUGGCUCGAGCCCGACCUGAUCAGGAACCCGAUGCGCCGUUGCUGGGCUCGGUCGGAUUCGGGCUCGUGACUGCCGCUGCUCCUCAGUCACUGACAACACUGGGCCACCCAUUAUUGUGCUGCUACUGUAGCAGAAGUACGUGCGUUGCGUUUGCAUCGCGUCGCAUGUGCGCACGGUUUGCCACGACGCCCACUCGCGCCUUUUCUAGUGGUCGCGCAAAGUUUGUUGCUUACACUCUCUCUCACUGACGCGUGGGACCCACCAGGCUCAGCCCUAUUGUGGCGGUUACCGGCUUGGUUGAAUCGUUGCCUUGUCAAAAUGACAACGCGUCCAUGUGUUAAAGAAAGCACAUGAUCUUUUGAUUAAAACACAAUAAAGUACUUGCACUGUUACCAAAUCGCAAAUCUUACACCCCCCCCCCUCUUGCAAAGAUACGGCAAUUACCAGCUUGCUUUUGCUGUAAUCGCCAUGUGCCCAGUGACUACUAGUACCACGAGCCCUUUUUGUUUUUUCUUUUGCUCAUUGAUUGAUACUAGUGAGGAUGUUGGAAUUUUGCCUAGUACUGUAGGCGAGCAAUGGUGUCUGUAGUAUGCCUGUGCCCCUCCUGCUUGGGCAAGUACCCCUACUGCCAACAUGCAGUAGAUUUAUAAACCCAUCUAGUCCUUCGUGCCGGCCAUUCGUCUCAUUCCCCUCGAGUCCAAAACCCACUCUGUUUUUAACCUCAUCUGGCUGACGCAUUAAACCUUGGUCAAACUCAAAAAAGAUGCGAAAUCCAGCAAGAGGAGGGCACAUUUCUACCAACCCGUAAUCUCCACGGACGCCUCUGCCGCCUUGGUACGGCAAUUGAUGUGAGACGUCUCACCCGACCAAAAUCUGAACAAUUUAAAUCUCUUACUCCCUCCAUCCCAAAAUAAAGCCAUUUUUUAAGUUAGCACAUGUAUUAAAAAAAUAAGUGAGAAUAAUUAGAGUAAGUGUAUGAUUGGUUGAAAAGAGAAAGUAGGUGAAGAAGAAUGGUUGUGAUUGGUUGAGAGGAGGAGGUAGGUGAAGAAAUAGCUUCAUUCUGGAACAAAACACUGUGCUAGAAAUAACUACAUUUUGGAACGGAGGGAGUAGCUUAUAGCUUAGAGCUUAGCUAAGUGUGGUGCUCAUGGUUGCAAGUAUCUUUCCACGCUGCAAUGGCGAUGUGCUGCUACUCAUGCUUGUCCUAGGCUGCGUUCUUUCCCACCCUCAACAGUGUUCACGGAAAACGGAGCGAUCCAUUAGCACAUGAUUAAUUAAGUAUCUGCUAUUUUUUUUAAAAAAAUGGACUAAUAUGAUUUUUUUAAGUAACUUUCGUAUAGAAACUUUUUACAGAAAAAUGCACCGUUUAGUAGUUUGAAAAGCGUGCUAACGGAAAACGAGGAGAAUCUAAUCCUACUAGCCUGAAAAGAACGCAGCCCUAGUUGUUUUUGUGCCUUAAAAAAAACAGGAGGAUUCCUUCGUCUCCCUGCUCGUUUCUUCUCUAGUGUUUGUUCCCUUGUUUCUUUUCCAGUCUUGCUUUGCUUUGUUUUGUUUGUUUGCUUCCUCCUAUCAGAUGAGUCUAUGGAAGCAUCCGGCCGCGGCCGGAGACGGCGAGGUGGUGGAGACGGUGGUCGAGCUGCUCGCGCGCGUCCGGGGGAUGGUGCCUCCGGCGCUGGGCGCGGCCGGCGCGGCGGAGGGCUUCCCGGGGCGGUGGAAGGCGAUCGCCGCGAAGCUGGAGGGGCUCCCGGCGUGCCUGUCCGACCUAUCCAGCCACCCUUGCUUCGCCAAGAACGCGCUGUGCCGCGAGCUGCUGCAGUCGGUGGCCGCCACGCUCGCGGAGGCGGCGGAGCUCGCGGCGCGGUGCCGGGAGCCGCCGGCUGCCGGGAAGCUGCAGAUGCAGAGCGCCAUCGACGCGCUCGCCGGUAAGCUGGACCUCAACCUCCGGGACUGCGCGCUGCUUGUCAAGACCGGCGUGCUGUCCGAUGCCUUCACGCCGCCGCCUCCGACCGACGAGGCGACGUCGACGGCGACGGCGGCGCAGGCGGACGUGCGUGAGCUGCUUGCGAGGCUGCAGAUCGGGCACACCGAGGCGAAGAGCCUGGCGGUGGAUGGUCUUCUCGAGGCGCUCAACAAGGACGAGAAGAGCGUCCUCUCGGUGCUUGGUCGCGCCAAUGUCGCCGCUCUGGUGCAGCUGCUCACGGCGCCGGCGACCAAGGUGCGGGAGAAGGCCGCCACGGUGAUAUGCCAGCUUGCGGAGUCCGGCGGCUGCGAGGGGCUACUCGUGUCGGAGGGCGCGCUGCCGCCGCUCAUCCGGUUGGCCGAGUCCGGCAGCCUCCUCGGCCGUGAGAAGGCCGUCAUCACGCUGCAGCGCCUAUCCAUGUCAUCUGACACCGCCCGCGCCAUUGCCGGGCACGGUGGCGCACGCCCGCUCAUUGAGAUGUGCCAGACCGGGGACUCCAUCUCGCAGUCCGCGGCGGCCGGCGCGCUCAAGAACCUCUCGGCGGUGCCAGAAGUGCGGCAAGCAUUGGCCGACGAAGGAAUCGUCCGCGUCAUGGUCGGCCUACUGGAUUGCGGCACCGUGCUCGGCUCCAAGGAGCACGCCGCCGACUGCUUGCAGAACCUCACGUCGAGCAGCGACAGCUUCCGGCGCGCCGUCGUGUCGGACGGCGGGCUCCGCAGCCUGCUCGUGUACCUCGACGGCCCGCUGCCGCAGGAGUCCGCGGUGAGCGCGCUCCGGAACCUGGUGAGCGCGGUGUCCCCCGACAGCCUCGUGUCGCUCGGCGUGCUCCCGCGGCUGGCGCAUGUGCUCAGGGUCGGGUCAACCGGCGCGCAGCAGGCGGCGGCCGCGGCGAUCUGCAGGAUCUCCACCACCACGGACAUGAAGCGCGUCGUCGGCGAGCACGGCUGCGUGCCGCUGCUGGUGCGGAUGCUGGACGCCAAGUCGAACGGCGCGCGCGAGGUCGCGGCGCAGGCCAUGGCGAGCCUCGUGGGCUACCCUCCCAACGCCAGGGAGGUGAGGAGGGACGGCAAGAGCGUGCCAUGCCUGGUGCAGCUGCUCGACCCGAGCCCCGCGAACACGGCCAAGAAGUACGCCAUCGCGUGCCUCCUGUCGCUCGCCGCGGCCAAGAGGUGCAAGAAGCUGAUGAUCUCGCACGGCGCCAUUGGCUACCUCAAGAAGCUCUCCGACAUGGACGUCGCCGGCGCCAAGAAGCUUCUGGAGAGGCUGGAGCGCGGCAAGCUGCGCAGCCUCUUCAGUAGGGACUAAAGCAGCUGUAACUACAAAGCUUCACCACUUACACGUUACGUUGCCAAGUUUUUUUUUUUUUGUUGUAUAACCUGUAUAAAAGAUCACAUCUUGUUUUCACAGUCUAUGGAACACGGGGCUUGUGCAGUGCAAAUGCUCAUCUUGACUGAAUAUACUGAGGUGUAAUUUUCCCUAUAUUCUUUGUGAUGGAUACUACUCCUAUGUAGGAAAGCAAAUUAUACUAUCUGGUUAAACCGAAAUUAAUGGAUAACCGGUGUACUCAA